CCGCUGUCUAAGAGUCUGACACCCCUCGACGAUAUGAAGAUGGAUAUCGAUACGGAAUUCAAGCAGUUCCCAACCCCCGAGCUUGAAACCUUGGUGGGCACUAUUGAUAAGGAACAGUUGCAGGUGGAUGCGUUAGCCCAAAUCACCCGAGAUACAGAGCUUUUACCGGCAUUGAUCGAGUUGAUCGAGGAUGUCAAGUCGGGCAGGAUCUCCGUCCAGGAGUUCGGUAACCACGCUGGGCCCCUCAGACGCAAGAUCUCCAGGAUCAAGCAAAAUUUAGUGGCCAAUAUUGAUGGUUUGGAGGAAACCAACGAUGACCGCCAGUUCCAGAUCAACGAAUUCAAGAGUGGCAUCGAGAAAAAAAAGUAUGUAAAGGCUAGAUUCACGCCUGCGAAAUUUUACUAACUGUUUUAGACAAUUGAUGGCUAGGUUCCAGGAAACCGUGGGUAAGCGGAUUGAUUUAACAAAGGC